GGAAGCCCUCUGGACAACACGGUAGACCUGUCGGGCAUCCCACUGUCCUCGCGUGACCUGGAGCGGGUGAGCAGCUACCUGCAGCGCUGUGGGGAGCAGGUGGACAGUGUGGAGCUGGGCUUCACGGGCCUCACAGAUGACAUGGUCCUCCAGCUGUUGCCAGCACUCAGCACGCUGCCCCGCCUCACCACGCUGGCCCUCAACGGCAACCGGCUGACCCGAGCGCUGCUGCGUGACCUCACCGACACCCUUAAGGACCCCAGCAAGUUUCCCAAUGUCACGUGGAUUGAUCUGGGCAACAACGUGGACAUCUUCUCCUUGCCCCAGCCCUUCCUGCUCAGCCUGCGCAAGCGCUCCCCGAAGCAGGGCCACCUCCCCACCAUCUUGGAGCUGGGCGAGAGCGCAGGCUGUGUAGAGGAGGCUUGGGAUGGAACA